AGUUUUAAUGAAAACCAGAGGAAUAAACAUAAAAAAAGGAAAUGCUCAAACAACUAAUGGUGAUGGGGACAUGUUUUUGUACUGCUAUUAUUGAUGUUAAGAGGACAAUAUGUGAAAGUAAUUUCUAUGGAUAUAGUGUUCAAUAUUACCAGAAUUUUGGUGUUAUAUAGCCAAUUAAUCAAAUACCAGAGAGGAAAAUAUAUGAAGCAGCCAAGGAAAGUAGAUAAUUUUUAUAAAAUUGAUAAGUGAUCAAAAUUUAUAUAAAACUAUUGAUAAUCCAAAGGCAAUAAAAUGUCACAAAGUGCUGUUAAACAAGAGCGUGACAGUUGGUUGCGUUGAAGGAAUUUUUGGUGUAGAAUAAACAGGAAACAAUAAUUGUGUACUGUGUACAUGUGAAAAUCCAAAAAUACAUAACUCUCUUCAUGCCGAUGCCAGCUGAAUAUCACGAGAAUCAUAAUAUUCACGAGAACACCAAUUUUGCUCUGGCAGCAUUUCAAGACACCAGCAAUAUGACUGCUAACAUGUAUCGAGUAGGAGACUAUGUUUAUUUUGAGACAUCUUCUACCUCUCCUUAUCAGAUACGAAGGAUAGAAGAACUAAAUAAGACGGCCAGUGGAAAUGUUGAAGCUAAGGUGAUGUGCUUCUUCAGGCGACGAGAUUUACCUUCCACACUAAUAAUGCUUGCAGAUAAACAUCAAUUGGCAAGCGUGACGGAGUUGCAGAGGUCGGAGUCGCCCGCGAGCCUGAAGCUGUUUGCCGAGAAUUCAGAGAGGAGCUCCGUACCUAAAGUGCCCAUAAACAAGGGUAAAAUCGGGAAGGGGGGCUGGUUCAAGGUCCCAUUUGCAGAGGCCCACGUGCCCCACAGGGUGGAGGAUAAUUCGAGCGGUGUAGGUGGUGGUGGUACCGCCGGCAAUGUAAAUCUCGGUCCAGGAAUCGGUAGUAUUGGCGGUAUUGGUGGGGUCGGGGAUCUGAGCUCGAAGCAACGUCACCAGAUGAAACACCGUGAGCUCUUCCUGUCGCGACAAGUCGAAACAAUGCCAGCCACCCACAUACGGGGUAAAUGUUGUGUUACGCUACUCAAUGAGACUGAAUCGCUUCUGAGUUAUCUUAACAAGGAGGAUUCGUUUUUUUACUGCCUUGUCUUUGAUCCAGCUCAGCGUACUUUGCUCGCUGACAAAGGCGAGAUAAGAGUAGGCAGUAGAUAUCAAGCAGAUAACAUAGCUACUACGCCAUUGUCGACGGUUGAGCGUGAUUCUGAUCCUCGCCGACUACAUGAUUUGGAAACGCUCAUCUGGACACCUCGCCACGCUCUUACUGAUCGGCAAAUUGAUCAGUUUUUAGUAGUUAGUAGAUCAGUUGGUACGUUUGCACGCGCUCUGGACUGCUCGUCCUCAGUCAAACAACCUUCACUCCACAUGUCUGCUGCUGCAGCUUCCAGAGAUAUUACAUUGUUUCACGCAAUGGAUACUUUACAUCGACAUAAUUAUGAUGUCGCAAAAGCUAUGUCUUCUUUGGUACCUAGUUCCGGCCCAGUUCUGUGUAGAGAUGAAAUGGAAGAGUGGAGCGCUUCAGAAGCAAAUCUAUUUGAGGAAGCUUUAGAUAAAUAUGGAAAAGAUUUUUCAGAUAUUCGUCAAGAUUUUUUACCAUGGAAAACUUUAAAGAACGUCAUUGAAUACUAUUACAUGUGGAAGACAACGGAUCGUUACGUACAGCAGAAACGUGUGAAAGCUGUGGAGGCCGAAAGUAAACUAAAGCAGGUUUACAUCCCAAACUAUAAUAAAAACGCAGCUGGCGGCCUCGUUGCUGGUCAAGCCAGCAUCAUACCUCUUGGUAUCAAUAACAACACAAAUAGUAAUGGAAGCAAGGCUACAAUUAGUUUACUCAAUGGCAGUAACAGCAGCAAUGGUAAUAUCGGUGCCGACACCGCAGCUAUGCUUAUGGUUUCAGCAAGCGGUAAGCCGUGUGAGAGUUGUCAGUCAAUACAAAGUUCCCAAUGGUAUGCAUGGGGACCUUCACACGUGCAAUGUCGCCUAUGUCAAACCUGUUGGACUUACUGGAAAAAGUAUGGGGGUUUAAAGAUACCCUCACGAAUUGAUGAUGUUGAUGCUGAUCGUAAGCGGAGCGGUGGUGGUUCAGAUGAAGAAAGUAAGGGUAUUGGUGGUGCUCAUAGACCUCAUCGAUGCAGUAUCCCAUCUUGUGGUAAAGAAUUCAAACUCAAAGCACAUUUAAGUCGUCACUAUGCUAGUGCGCAUGGUGUAGAUUUACGUGGUAAUACUGGACCUGGGAAUGUUGUAUCUGGAAUUGGAGUUGGACUUGGAAUAGGUUUGGGAGGCGGUGGUUCACCGCGACCGGUUAUGAAAACACGUUCAGCUUUUUAUCUUCGCACAUCGACCCUAGCUCGCGCUGCUCGGCGCCUUUGCGCUGGUCAACUUCGUAGCAGACAUGUAGCACGUGCCCCACAUCAACCUGUUAACGCUGUUCCUUUACGUCAUCUUUGUGCUUCACCACAGCUAGCUAAUAAAACACCUGCAGAACUACGAGUUUUGGCUCGCGCCGUUCGGCCACGAGUUCGACCUCGUGUCACCGACAUUGCUACUCGACUCGGUGACCAUCCCCAACCUAGACAACCUGGAGAUUGGGACUGGCUACAACUCACUGCUCCUGGACAACGUAAACAACCUGAUCGUGUGUCUUUCCCUCGACCACCUAAGGCACCAGAUGGUAGUCUUCUAUAUGAAAAAGUUCCCAAUAAACCAGAAGUUGAUCGACUUCCUGUUACACCUCCAAUUCAACCUACAUUACAAGCACAGCAAAAUAUUUUAAAACGUACAAGGCCUCCAUUUGAUGAAAGUAAUGGUGCUGACGGGAUUGGCUUAAACGCGCUGGUAUCGAGUGGGCAACCGCCAACUAAACGUUCUCAGCAUCUACAACCGCUUCAUAGUAAUGCGCGCACUUCUCUUGAACACUUAAGUACAAAUGUUCCUGUGGUAGCAGCUGGUGUAAGUCCAAUGACUGCAAUGGUCCCAGCUACCCUUUCACCUCUUACUGCACCACUCAAUGGACGCACUGGUCAUUCGAAUAUAAUACCAAUACAGGGUCAGAUGUCUCGUAGUAAUGCUCGGAAACAAGUCAUGUCUUGGAUGGAUGCACCCGACGAUGUUUACUUCCGCGCUACAGACCAAACUAAAAGAAUUAGAAGGAGCUUGUCAUCGAUAGAACUACGGCGUGCAGCUCGUAAGCCUUGGCGUCGAUUAAACGUGCCUCAGCGUGUGGUACGACCGGACGACAUGGUUGUCAUACUCGACUGAAUCAAAUGCCAUCUUCAGAAUCUAAAGUCGCAAUAAAGAAGCAACAAAAUGAAGAGAAUGGAGACUAGCAUAUAUAUAUACGAAUAUUACAAUAAGAAUGAAGAAUUUGUUAUGGUUAACCGAUAAAUUGCUAAACUACUGUGGCUUGUGUGAUGAUAUGAGAGAACGAUAACUGGAUUUUGUAAACCAGAAUGCAAAAAAAAACAAAUAAAAAAAAACAUAAAUAAUAAUUAAUGACGACUAACAUUCAAGGAAUAAAUUUUGAUUCCUUUGACUAUAAAAUGGAAUCAAGUCAAUUCCGAAAAUCAUGAUUUUCUAUUCGUAUCAAUGUAAUAUUGUUGCUAUUAAUAAUUAUUAUUAUUAAUUAAGUGUACAUAAGCAUACGAAUGCAAAAAAACAUACACGAUGCCGCUGGUUAACUGUAAGAAGAAUGAAAUUGAAAUAACAGCAGGACUGAGUAUCCUACUUGAAGUAGUUAACACGGGAGUAACAUUUUCCGUUUUUUGUCGAAUAAUGGGUUCAAAAUUUAUUUCUGCUUAAUUACUAUUUAAUUUAUAUGAAUAAUUUAACAAUUUGAUAAAUUUCUUCAUUGUACGCAUGUAUUAUCACCAAUAAACUCGAUGUAAUAUUUUGUUUAAAUAUUUAUUGAAAAUAUGUCAACACAUAUUUUAUUUAAUACAAAUAGAAUAAUUAAAACGAAAGUUUUCCUUUGAGCAUUUCAACAAUUUUAUCUCUCGUAACUGUUUUAAGUAAGUGCCUGUUCUGUACAUAAUUUACAUAUAUAUAAACAUAAUAGUGAAAAUGAAAAUAAAUUAAUUAACGAAGAGAUAGUUUGAAAUAUAAAAGCAUACGCUAGGAUAAUUCGUAUUGAAAUAUCUAAGCCAAUUUGAUCUUUAAAAUAAUAGAAUUAAAAAUAUUGCCAAGCUAAAUUAUAUCAAUACCAAGUUUGCUAAACGGUGUUUACACUAGAAAUGUGCGCAAUCACAACGAAGCGAAAAUUGUGCGAAAGUACGUGAAAGAGCAAAUGAAAGAAUGCUCACUGUGAAUAUUU